UAACAGAGCAGCUGGAGAAGGAGAGGAGGGACUCGUGUACGGUGGCGUUUGGAGAUUUAACUCAAAGUUAAAAGGCAAGCUUCUGGCCAUGAGAAUUUUAAUAGGAGGGGGAUCUGGCUUUGUUGGCCGUGAGCUGACCCGCCUACUUAGGGACAAAGGUCAUGAGGUGACACUGAUAUCCCGCCUGCCUGGUCCAGGGAAGAUAACAUGGGGUGAGCUGGAGUCUCAGGGUCUCCCACCGUGUGAGGGUGCCGUCAACUUGGCUGGAGAGAAUCUCAUGAACCCACUGCGAUGGUGGAAUGAAAGCUACAAAAAAGACUUGUUCUCCAGUCGCGUUGACACAACUAAAGCUCUUUCUCAAGCCAUUGCUGCUUCCUCCAGUCCUCCUCACUCUUGGGUCCUGGUGUCAGGUGUAGCUUGCUACAAACCCAGUCUAACAGCUCAAUACACAGAAGACAGUGAAUGGACUCCGUUUGACCUUCUCUCAAGACUUGUCAAAGAGUGGGAAGCCGCAGCACUACUUCCUGAAAAUGUGGCAAAAACCACCAAACAAGUCAUCAUCCGACCUGGGGCAGUGCUGGGUCGUGAUGGUGGGGCCAUGAAGCAGAUGCUGCUGCCGUUCUGGCUCGGCCUCGGGGGUACCCUGGGAUCUGGAAGACAACCAUUUCCCUGGAUCCACGUUUCAGACCUGGCAGGAAUCAUUGUCCAUGCACUGGAGCCCCCUGCUGACACUCCAUCCUCCUCAUCACCACAAGUGUUCAACGGAGUCGCACCGGCUCUCAACACCAACUAUGAAUUCACUAAAGAAUUGGGUCGGGUCUUGGGGCGGCCCACCAUCUUUCCUGUACCUGGCUUUGUCAUGAACGCCCUGUUGGGCUCGGAGAGGGCCGUGAUCCUUACUCAAGGCCAGAAAGUCAUACCCAAGAGGACUUUGGAGUCUGGAUUUCAGUACAACUACCCUGACUUGACCUCAGCUUUGAAGGAGAUAGUUAAUUAACAAGAGAGUACGGCUGUUCAUUUUUACUGUAAUACAAGAAUAAACAAAUAUGAGCCUAAACGAGUCAUUGAAAAUGAAUCCCAGGAUCAUGACUCAGUAAAAGACUGUUGUAAAUUACUUAUUCAUCAGAUCUGUGUACUGAUGAACUGGUGUUUCUCAUAUUGCUAAAGAGCAGUUAUGGGAUCAUGUUUGAAAAACUGUUUUAAAUAAAAUGUCAUGCUUUGCUUUAAAGUGUUUCCCCGCAUUUGGGACAAUAACAAGCGGCUCUAAAGCCGGGUGUGACAGCAUCUUUGCUUACAUUUAGAAAGCACUGGGACAUGAUUGUUGAUACUGAAGUGUUUCUGUAAAAUAAAUCUGACAGAGUUGAGUCUUGAUGACAGAUGUGUCUAAACUUUCUCCUUUAGCAGCUUUUGCUCCUUUCGUUCAAACUCAUGAACAGAGCUACAGAAAAUAAUCUUGGAUGGUUGUACAUCUAGCCAUUAAUGCCGCAACUAGUGACCGUGUUUAUUGUUAUUAACUCCUAAUUAAUGCAAAAAAAAAAUGUCAGUGACACAGUGGUUAGUAAUAUUGCCACAUAUCAAGAAAGUUCCUGGUUUGAACCCUAGCCUGGGUCUUUCCGUGUGGACGUUGCAUUUCCUCCUUGUGCCUGUGUGCUUCUCCUUGGUACUUGAGCUGCCUUCCACAGUCCAAAAACAUGCUUUUUAAAGUAUUUAGUGACUCUAAUGGUUGAGAUUCAGAUAAAGUGUAAAGAAUAAUCCCCUAAAUCUUUGGUUAAACUGGUCUUGCCGUCCAAAGUGCUUUGAAUGGUCAGUAAGACUAGACCAGUAGUAUAUAAAUGCCAGACCAUUUGUCUAGCUUUCACUCUAAAGUGGCCUUAAUAUUUACUUACUGGAAUCCUGCUGUUCAGCAGUUCAGUCAGGAAUAAAUAAAAGAUCUGAAUAGUUGCAUAAACCAGUUAAUAAAACUUUCCUUGCAUGGUUAACGAGUUACAACUUUUUUUUUAAGGUCUGCUUACAGAUACAAAGCAAAACACUACGUGUAAAACUCUGUGCUCAGGUUCCCUGUCUGUGUGGAUUUCAACUCACAAGUAAAUUUUGACCCGCUUUUUCUUCCUUUCAACUGAUUAGUCAAUGUCAUGCCAAUCACAAAUGUAACAAUCCAAUCAGAGAACAGAUGGGUUUGGCUCUCGGACAGGGAGCUUUACUGAGUUGCAGGUCCUGGAAGAAUAAAUGCUCUUUUACAUGCCAAGUGCCAACCCCCAGCCCAGCGUUUUCCUUCAUCACCAUGAAGGAAAACUAUGGAAGCCCGUUUCCGCCACUAAAAAAACCCCAAGUAUCCAUAACUCGAAAUUUGGACUUAUUAACUCCAAAUUUGGAGUUACUUUUCUCAAAUUUUCCUGUAUUUGUAAUACAGUUUGAAGCUGGGGGAUCUCUAUAUGAAUGUCCCAUAGGGCUCAUACAAGCCAGGUUCCUUAUCUUUCGGUAGCUGUUGAAAGGAUAAAGUUUUGGUAUAUCAGUGGUUAGAAAUACCAUUAUUACUGUAAUAUUACUUUCACACAGAGUCAGGGCUGACCCAGGACCAUUGCUGUGAGUCACAGUGCGCAGCAUAGAGGCCCUUUCACAGCAGAUGCAGCAUGCGCUGCUGAUGCUAACUACUAACUAAGAGCGAAGGAUCCAGAAUUUGUUGCGCUUGCUGCUGAGCUGUGGUUUUUUGCGGCAGCUCUACGUGUACUAGAUGCGCCUGUUGCUUGUCGUUUCUGUCUCUGACUUUAUAUCCUCUACAAGAGUUUCUGUUGUUUUAUUUUGAAAUGUUCAAUAAAAACGUGUCACUAAUUCAUAACGAAGAAAGCUUUGUAACUAUCCCCAGUAGUGAAGUGUGUGUCAUUAGGAUGAUCGUGAGUGCUCCUACAAUGCUGCUCUUUCAAGCUGCUGCAGCAUGAUAUUAGACCACAGAAUCCAGAGAGAACAGAUGACAGCAAAAGUAUCACAACACAAGAUGUUCAUGACUCCAACAAAGAAGAAAGUCUAGCUCGUUUAUGGCAGACAUGACAUCCAGCUGUUUUCAUGACCACAUUACAGAUGGUGAAGCACCGAAACAAUUAUUGGAGCUAUAGGUCAUAGC